CCUUCUUCCUCCCAGCCAAGAGCUCAGAAUGGGAGCGGGCCAGGAAGGAGGCGGGGGGCUCAAGCUCCCAGCUCCUGCAGGCUCCUGCCUCUGUGUCCUUUGAGCUCAGUCCAGAUGGGAGCUGGCUCCUUCAGAAAGGGGGCUCCGAUCGGGGUGUGGGGAGCUACCUCUCUCGGCCUCCCCCCACCACAUCUGCCUACAGGGCUGGGAGCCCCCACGAGCCAGUGAUCCUGAGCCUUCUGGAGCUUCCGUUCUGUCUGGUGGUGGGGAUCCUGACACCAAGGAUGGGAAACCCUGGAUGGAGGUUCCUGGGGCCUGGCCCCCAGCACCAUGAAGUACCCUUGCUGAGGCCAUGAGGGGUUACCAUGGCGACCGCGGUAGCCAUCCCCGCCCAGCCCGCUUUGCCGACCAGCAGCAUAUGGACGUGGGCCCAGCUGCCAGGGCCCCGUACCUGCUGGGCUCUGGGGAGGCCUUCUCCACCGAGCCCCGCUUCUGUGCCCCAAGAGCUGGCCUGGGACACCUUUCUCCUGAAGGGCCCCUGAGCCUGAGUGAGGGGCCAUCAGUAGGCCCCGAGGGAGGGCCAGGGGGGGCCGGGGUUGGGGGAGGCAGCAGCACCUUCCCCAGGAUGUACCCUGGCCAGGGCCCCUUCGACACCUGUGAAGACUGUGUGGGCCACCCCCAGGGCAAGGGUGCCCCCCGCCUGCCGUCCACACUCCUGGACCAGUUCGAAAAGCAGUUGCCGGUUCAACAGGAUGGCUUCCACACGCUUCCAUACCAGCGAGGUCCGGCGGGGGCCGGGCCAGGGUCAGGGCCCGCGUCUGGCGCCACCCCGGAGGCCCGCAGCGAGAGCCCCAGCCGCAUCCGGCACCUGGUUCACUCCGUGCAGAAGCUCUUCGCCAAGUCCCACUCUUUGGAGGCCCCAGGGAAGCGGGACUACAACGGGCCCAAGGCCGAGGGAAGAGGUGGCUCCGCGGGAGACAGCUACCCUGGCCUGGGCUCCGGAGGCCCGCACGCCUCCCACCACCACCAUCACCACCACCACCACCACCACCACCAGUCCAGGCACGGCAAGAGGAGCAAGAGCAAGGACCGCAAGGGGGACGGGCGGCACCAGUCCAAGGCCGCUGGCUGGUGGAGCUCCGAUGACAACUUGGACAGCGAUAGUGGCUUCCUGGCGGGUGGGCGGCCCCCUGGGGAGCCUGGUGGUCCCUUCUGCCUGGAGGCUCCAGACGGGUCCUACCGGGACUUGAGCUUCAAGGGGCGCUCGGGCGGGUCAGAAGGCCGCUGCCUUGCCUGCACUGGCAUGUCCAUGUCACUGGAUGGACAAUCGGUCAAGCGAAGUGCCUGGCACACCAUGAUGGUCAGCCAGGGCCGGGACGGAUACCCCGGGGCCGGGCCGGGCAAGGGGCUCCUGGGUCCGGAGGCCAAGGCCAAAGCCAGGACUUAUCACUAUCUGCAGGUGCCGCAAGAUGACUGGGGGGGUUACCCCACUGGGGGCAAGGACGGGGAGAUUCCCUGCCGCAGGAUGCGGAGCGGCAGCUACAUCAAAGCCAUGGGGGAUGAGGAGAGCGGAGACUCAGACGGCAGCCCCAAGACGUCUCCCAAAGCCGUGGCCCGGCGCUUCACCUCCCGCCGCUCCUCCAGUGUGGACCAGGCCCGGAUCAACUGCUGUGUCCCGCCCCGGAUCCAUCCCCGGAGCUCCAUCCCUGGCUACAGCCGUUCCCUCACCACCGGACAGCUCAGUGAGGAGCUGAACCAGCAGCUGGAGGCCGUGUGCGGGUCCGUGUUUGGGGAGCUGGAGUCGCAGGCGGUGGACGCCCUGGACCUGCCCGGCUGUUUCCGUAUGCGGAGCCACAGCUACCUCCGGGCCAUCCAGGCCGGCUGCUCUCAAGACGACGACUGCCUGCCCCUCCUCGCCGCCCCCGCCUCUGUCUCAGGGAGGCCCGGCUCCUCCUUCAACUUCCGGAAGGCCCCGUCCCCCAUCCCGCCGGGCAGCCAGGCCCCGCCGCGCAUCUCCAUCACCGCCCAGAGCAGCACCGACUCUGCCCACGAGAGCUUCUCGGCCGCCGAGGGCCCUGCGCGGCGCUGCAGCUCUGCCGACGGGCUGGACGGGCCCGCCCUGGGCGCGCGCACCCUGGACCUGGCGCCCGUGCCCCCCCGGGCCGGGCCCAAGCCCCCCACACUCAUCAUCAAGACCAUCCCAGGCAGGGAGGAGCUGCGGAGCCUGGCGCGCCAGCGCAAGUGGCGGCCGUCCAUAGGGGUGCAGGUGGAGACUAUCUCAGACUCGGACACUGAGAACCGGAGUCGAAGAGAGUUCCACUCCAUCGGUGUCCAGGUGGAGGAUGACAAGAGGCGGGCAAGGUUCAAGCGCUCCAACAGCGUGACGGCAGGUGUGCAGGCGGACCUGGAGCUGGAGGGCCUGGCCGGCCUGGCCACGGUGGCCACAGAAGACAAGGCCCUGCAGUUUGGACGCUCCUUCCAGAGGCACGCUUCUGAGCCCCAGCCCGGGCCCCGGGCCCCCACCUACUCAGUCUUCCGCACGGUCCACACGCAGGGCCAGUGGGCCUACCGCGAGGGCUACCCACUGCCGUAUGAGCCGCCGGCCACCGAUGGGUCGCCCGGCCCUGCCCCCGCCCCCACCCCUGGCCCCGGGGCCAGCCGCCGAGACUCCUGGAUGGAGCGCGGCUCACGUAGCCUCCCCGACUCAGGCCGCACGUCCCCUUGCCCACGGGACGGCGAGUGGUUCAUCAAGAUGCUGCGGGCGGAGGUGGAGAAGCUGGAGCACUGGUGCCAGCAGAUGGAGCGCGAGGCGGAGGACUACGAGCUGCCCGAGGAGAUCCUGGAGAAGAUCCGCAGCGCCGUGGGCAGCACACAGCUUCUCCUGUCCCAGAAGGUUCAGCAGUUCUUCCGGCUGUGUCAGCAAAGCAUGGACCCCACUGCGUUCCCUGUGCCCACCUUCCAGGACCUGGCGGGUUUUUGGGACCUCCUGCAGCUCUCUAUCGAGGAUGUGACCCUCAAGUUCCUGGAGCUACAGCAACUCAAGGCCAACAGCUGGAAACUCCUGGAGCCUAAGGAGGAGAAGAAGGUCCCUCCGCCGAUACCAAAGAAGCCCCCGCGGGGCCGGGGCGUGCCGGUGAAGGAGCGCUCCCUGGACUCGGUGGACCGGCAGCGGCAGGAAGCGCGCAAGCGGCUCCUGGCGGCCAAGCGCGCCGCGUCCUUCCGCCACAGCUCGGCCACCGAGAGCGCCGACAGCAUCGAGAUCUACAUCCCCGAGGCCCAGACCAGGCUGUGACCGGGCCGCCCGCCGGGCCCGCGGUUUUCGCCCGUACUGUACACCCAGCGUCGAGGUCACUGUGAACGCGGCCGCCCGAGCGCCCGCCCGCCGGCUCCGCGCGCC